AUGCCACCCCAGGAAAAGUUCGAAACGCCUGUGCACCUGAAUGACGAUCGAGAUAGCAGCGUGGCGAAUUGCCAGAACUCGAUGAACCUCCGAGUUCCAGAGGCUGAUAGGAGAAGCGUCAAAGAGGAAACGAAAGAUGUGGAUUUCGACGAUUUGUUACCCUAUGUCGGGGAAUUUGGCCUUUAUCAGAAGAUAUUGUUCGUUCUGAUGAUCCCUUUCGCUUCGUUCGUCGCGUGGGUUUACUUCUCGCAGAUCUUCAUCACCCUGAUACCGGAUGAGUACUGGUGCCGGGUACCGGAACUGGAGAACCUUACAGUCGGCGAAAGGCUCUCGCUGGCCAUACCCGUAGACCGCGAAGGUUACUCGAAAUGCAGCAUGUACGAUGUAAAUUACACGGAGAUCCUGCUAAAUGGAAGCCACGUGCCGGACCCAUUGUGGCCGACGAAAGCUUGCCAACAUGGAUGGGAGUUUAAUUACAGCAUCGUCCCUUAUGCAACUGUGGCGACCGAGCUAGAAUGGGUUUGUCAGUACGACGCUUUGCCAACUGUGGCACAGAGUAUAUUCUUCAUUGGGGCUAUCUUCGGGGGAUUGAUCUUUGGAUGGAUCGCUGACCAAUAUGGAAGAAUACCAGCCUUGAUUGGAUCUAAUCUAAUGGGCUUUCUCGCUGGGGUUGCCACUGCGUUCACCACUACCUUCUGGCAGUUCGCAUUGUGUCGCUUCUUUGUUGGAUUUGCCUUCGACAAUUGCUUCACCAUGAUGUACAUAUUGGUAUUAGAAUACGUCGGACCAAAAUGGCGAACAUUCGUGGCGAACAUGUCGAUAGCCAUGUUCUUCACAUUCGCGACCUGCGUUCUACCAUGGAUCGCGUAUUUUUUGGCGGAUUGGAGGAUGACGUGCAUCGCUACCUCGGUCCCUCUUGUCCUUGCCGUGGCAACGCCAUGGUUGAUACCGGAAAGCGCCCGAUGGCUGGUGAGCCAAGGUCAGGUGGACAAGGCUAUCGAGAUUCUGGGCAAGUUCGAGAAAAUAAACGGCACUAAGGUUCCUGAUGACGUCUACAAACAGUUCCGGGAGACCUGUGCUAGGAUAUGCAAAGAGGAAGAGGCGGACAAGACUUAUUCCGUGUUGGAUUUAUUCAGAACCCCACGACUGAGGAAUAUCACCGUUCUGUUUAUCGUAAUUUGGAUGGCGAUUUCUUUGGUGUUCGAUGGGCACGUACGAAAUGUCGAUAAUUUAGGUUUGAACGUGUUUAUCACAUUCACGAUUGCUGCAGCAACCGAGCUGCCUGCUGACACGUUCCUCACGAUUGUUCUUGAUCGAUGGGGUAGAAGAUGGCUGGCCUGCGGGUCCCUUGUCAUUUCCGGUAUCUUCAGUAUCUGGGCCUCUGCAGUCUCCAAUAAUAUUUACACAGCCACUUUGGCAAUUCUGGGUCGAUUUUGGAUAAACAUUUCUUACAACAUUGGCCUGCAGUAUGCGGCUGAAGUGUUGCCAACUGUAGUUAGGGCUCAGGGUGUAGCUUUGAUACACAUAAUGGGAUACGUUGCUAGUAUUCUCGCGCCGUUUGUGGUGUAUCUCGAUGUCGUUUCACCGAUUUUACCUCUGCUCGUGUUGGGGAUACUUGGAAUCAUGGGCGGUCUUGUGACUCUGUUUCUACCGGAAACGCUGAAUCAAGAUCUUCCUCAGACGCUGCAGGACGGGGAGGACUUCGGCAAGGAUCAGAAGAUGUGGGAAGCUCCUUGUUUCGGAAGGAAACGCGAUGACGAGGAAGUACCACCGGUUGCCAUGUUCAGAUCCUUCUCAAGAUACAGCGCGAGGAACUCGAUGAGAGCUUCUCUCCGUGGCGAAACUCUAAAGAGCAGUAUGAUACGAAGAUCAAGCAUGAAAUCGAAGAAAAGCGGGAAUUCGACCACAGAGGUGGAAAGAUUGUAG